AUGGCGACACACAGUCUGACAACUCGCCUCCGACCUCGCGAGUUUCCGACUACUGGUUUCGAAGUGAUUGAUCCCUCUCAAAUGUACUAUCCUAUGCGGAUUGGUGAGAUCAUUCAGGGUCGUUACCAGGUAGUCGCCACGCUGGGCUACGGCGUCACCUCGACGGUGUGGCUGUCCCGUGAUCUCAGAGAUGGGAAAUACUGGACACUCAAGGUCCAUAUCAAUACCCUGAAACAUAAUGAAGAGCUUCUGAUUUAUCGGCAACUGGCCAGCAUCGCUGCCACCGAGGAGGCCAUCGAGGAGGCCCUUGGUCGCGACAAUGUCCGACGGCUCGAGGAUUCAUUCAAGCUGGAGGGGCCCAAUGGUGAAGAUGACGUUUUCGUCAUGACGCCGCUGGAGAUGAGUUUGAGGACUCUGCAACAGACGCAGAAAAGUGGUAUCUUCCCGCAACAGUUUGUCACUGGAGCUCUCGACCAGGUGCUUCUGGGGCUCGUCUUCCUUCAUGAGGCUGGCGUAGUCCACACCGACCUUCAUUCGGACAACUUGCUGAUAGCCCUUACCAACGACGCGAUUCUUGCAACUGUGGAAGAGAACGAGAUUAAGGAGCCGUCAGCAAGGAAGCAGGUCGGCGAUGUUAUCAUACAUGUCUCUCAGUAUAUGCUAGGAGGCCCUGGGCCCCUUGUUAUCUGUGACUUCGGACAAGCACGUAUUGGGAGCCAACAUACCGGCAGCGCCAUGCCGGUACCAUAUCGAGCACCUGAGGUUCUUAUCAAUAUGCCGUGGGGAAACGCUGUAGAUAUGUGGAGUGUAGGGCUCUUGGCUUGGAAUCUCCUGGAACCCGAGAGCCUCUUUCGCGUCUAUGACCAGGAAUCUGAGGAGCAGAACGUUGCGCAUCAUCUUGGAGCCAUGACGGCCCUGCUCGGUCCCCCUCCGCCCGAAUUUCUUUCGAGAAGCCAGGAAACAAACAAGUAUUGGAAUGCGGAUGGCCAGUGGCAAGGCCCUGUCCCUUUGCCUCCCAAGAAGGAAUUCGAGUCUCUUGUCAAAGCAUUGGAGGGAGAAGACAAGGAAAAUUUCAUCAGUCUCGUUGAGUGCUUUCUCAACUGGCUCCCCGAGGAACGUCUCCCUGCACUGCAAGCCUACUUCCAUCCUUGGCUGAGGGGCGAGAGGGUCGAAGACUUCGCGGCAAGGGUGGGGUUGUCAUAG